AUGAUAACCAGGGAAGUGGAAGAACGCGUGUCUUAUGAAUUGCUUCGAAAUAACUGGAACAAACUUUUUCUAAUACUCAGAAAACCCGCAUUAUGUGAUGUCAAAUAUUUUAUUCAACGAUUAUCGUUCACUAUUGGAAAAUGUCUUUCAUUAGUAUCGGAUCAUAAUUUAAAUAUUGCCUGUAUAUUCAUAGAGAAGCACUGUAAUUGUAAAAUUUCUUUCUUCCCUCAGUUGUCACCAGUAAAUUCGUUUUUUAUUGCCAUUUUGAAGUAUGUGCUUCGAUGCACCCAUCUACAGUGCUUAAACAUAGACGAGAAAGAACUGGAUGAUAUGCUGGUGAUCUAUUCGUUGCUACCAUCCUCAAAAAGGUUUUUAUGUAACCAAAUCAACCCCGGACGCUAUCAGAUAGUGUUCUCGGGGCGUAGACCAGCAACAGGUACAAAAGUAAAAGAUUCGUCCGUUGUAAUCGGUCUCUAUUCCAAAUAUAAUUUAUAUAGCAUCGAAUGCAUUAUUUGUGUGCAAAGCACCGGAGCAACUAUUAUCAGGGUCAAUCCAACACCAGAGCUGAUCUCUGGAACUAAAGCUAAUCCAUCUGUCUGCACUAUAAAACAGUUGGAAGACCUGGAUCUGGCGACGAAGACCCAGGGUGAACUUCCGCAACUAGACGACAAAAUUUCUGAGCUACCAAGCACACCAAGCCCGUCUUCAUCGAUCAUCGCGCCACCACGGCAACAGCCAAGGUCAGGUAGCAGACAACCAACAACUUUUUCGGAAUGGCAACUACUUGCUGUACUUCAUCGGGCCAAUUUAUUGCAGUAUUACGACGAAUUUAUUGCUCAAGGUGGAGAUGACAUCAAUCAAUUUAUGACAUGCGACGAACAUGAAUUCCUAGAAAUAAUGUCAGUAGUUGGAAUGGCCUCAAAACCGCUUCAUGUCCGAAGAUUUCAACGAACACUCACUGAAUUCAGUAAAGAUCCGGAUGCAUUCAGUCUGGUUGCUAUACAGCAGAUCGGUUUACCACCUGCUGCUGCAAGCUAUGGAUACAUCCCACCAACAUCAUCAGCUACACCAGCUACUGCACUGCAAUUCCUCUUGUCAUCACAAAAUCUAGCUGCUGCAAGUUUGGCUGUUGCUGCUGGUUUGCCAUGCACUAGUCCGUCUAUUAGUAAUGAUCAAAACUCGCCGCGAUCGCUGCUACAGCCACUAGUAUCAGCAUCGGAAUCGCUGCAUGAAUUAUUCAAUGCUGCAACGGUGGCAGCGGCAGCCGGAGUAGGUACGUCGGGAACAACAUCUACCACAGCAACUAUUAGUGCUACGGCAAAUGUAAUGGCCGGUGAUUUCCUGACGAGUUUAGUGGCUGGUAUACCGCAAUCCAGCAGUAGCGGUACUGCAUCCAAUUCCAUGCAUGGAUUGGAAUCAGUAACAUCAUCCAAGAUGACGUCCUUAUGUACAGAAAGUACAUCCGCAACAUCCGGCUUACUUCAACUUUCUGUUGGUUCUCCGACAAGCAGUAACGAAGCAAAUUGCGAUUUCGAUCAGCUAGGAGUAGGGACAAAUACGACAUCCGAAACACCAGUAUUGACGGAGGCUCAAAUUGGAAGACUUGCUCAGUGUUCCCAUCGUCUUAUCGAACAAAUGCCGCAGCUAGAACCCAAAUUGAUACAGAAUAAAAAGAAAAUCAGUCGGGAACUACUCGAUGUGAUGCAGUUACCGUUCGGUUCACCCCAACGUCUACAAGAAUAUCGGAGAUAUUCAGCAAUUUAUGGGCGUUUCGAUGCGAAACGUAAACCAGAUAAACCGUUAACUUUGCAUGAAGUUUCAGUAAAUGAAGCAGCAGCACAGUUAUGCCUUCGACAACCUGCGCUUUUGACCAGGCGUGACGAAUUGUUUCCACUUGCUCGACAGGUAGUAAAGGAUGCGGGUUAUAACUAUGUUAAAGGAAUGAAGAAAGGUGAUGCGGAUACAAAAAGGCAACGUUCGCUAGUUGUAAUGGAUUUAUUUUAUCCUAGUGAACCGUCUCAAUCUCCACAGAGCUCUGCUUCAGCUGGAAGCCCAGGGCUAGACGAAAGUAUUGUUGAUUCCGGAAACGAAUUAACUGCCGCAUCAUCAUCAUCUUCACUGAUAGCAAUGAUUGGUAAUCGUGAUGACACUGGACCGAUCAUUACGUCCAAUAGGAAAAAACGUCGUCGAGAAUCAUCACAAGAACAGGAACAACUAGAGUUAUCGUCAACUGUGGUACCUCUUAUAACAUCCGAAAAACAGCAAAGAUUAGUCGUUAAACGACAUGCUGCUAUUGAGAAACAACAAUGCAGUACAACCAAUAAUGCUACUAAUGAUGACACAUAA